AUGCCAUGGGGUAAUAUCAUUGGUAUUGGAUGCAUCGUUAUGUUGUGCCGAGUCAAAUCAGCUCCAUUUUAUUCCGUUGCAGAAAGGAGAUCCCUUCCCCCCGCUUUCAAAAAUGAUGAAGAUGAAGUCCGCGGGGCUGCAGGUCAUGAUGUGCCUCAAGAUGGCCGUCUCCUGUCCCCCUGCCGGUGGGGAAUCCGCUCCUGGGUCGCCUUGUCAUCAGUUGCAGGGUUUGGUGGCCCAAAAUUGACUUGGCUUCACCAAAAGCCCUCAUCUCUAGAAGCCCGGCUCGUGAGGCGUCCCUCUCGCAGUGCCCGUAGUAGGCCGACCGCCCUACCUAAACCAAUCACAUAUCGGUCCCUAGGCCCCAUUGCUGGAAAGUGA